AUGCUGCGCCGUCAAGCCCGCGAACGCCGCGACUAUCUAUACCGCCGUGCCCUGACACUGCGCGAUGCCGAGAUUGCUGAGAAGAGAGCAAAGCUAAAGUCUUCGCUGGCUUCUGGCAAGCCUUUGGAUCCCUCGAUCGCCAACGACAAGUCUCUGCGCGCAGACUACCGCUACGAUGAAUCCCGCCCCGAUCGCACUACCCAGGAAGAACUCGAGCUGGACGACGAAUACUCGCAUCUGUCAGGCGUUGUCGACCCUCGCAUCCUAGUCACCACCUCUCGCGACCCCAGCAGUCGACUCGGCACCUUUGCAAAGGAAAUCCGUCUGCUCCUGCCCACAGCCGUCCGUCUCAACCGCGGUAACCUGAUCUUGAACAACUUGGUCGGCUCAGCCAAGGGCUCUGGCCUCAGCGACAUGAUUCUGGUUCACGAGCACCGUGGUACUCCCACUGCCAUGACCAUCAGCCAUUUCCCUCACGGUCCUACCGCCAGUUUCUCCCUGCACAACGUCGUCCUGCGCGCCGAUAUCCCCAAUGCCGAGCGAGGCACUGUCAGCGAAAGCUACCCUCAUCUGAUCUUCGAAGGCUUCACAACCGUCCUCGGUCGCCGCGUCGUCAAGAUUCUACAACAUCUCUUCCCUCCUCGCGAGCCCUCAGCCAAACUAGGCUCCCGUGUUGUCACAUUCAAGAACAUCGACGACAGCAUCGAGGUCCGUCACCACGUUUUCGUCAAAACUGGAUACCAGAGCGUCGAAUUGGCAGAAGUUGGUCCUCGCAUGACGAUGCGUCUGUUCGAGAUCAGAGCCGGCACUCUCGAGAACAAGGAUGGUGAUGUUGAAUGGCACAUGAACCAAUACACUCGCACUGCUCGCAAGAAGGACUACCUCUGA